GAAAAAUAAAUCACACCAGCCUAUUUUUUUCGGCAUUUUGACAAUUUUUAUUUUAAAAAAAAUUCAUUUUUUUCAGGUAAAAAGAAAUGGAAAUCGAUAAUAAAUACAUCGAUCAUCUUCGAACAUAUUAUACAACAAUUUUAUCACAAAUAAUUACAAAUGAUGGCCGUUAUUUGUUGGCUGUGGUUAAAAAUCGUAAACUAGCCGUAUUUUCGGUGGGAAAAUAUCUUAAAGAAUUUCAUCGUGAUGCUGAAUUAAUAUCAAAUAAUAAUCAUCAGGAUGGUGGUGAUAAUAAUUCGAUUUCGAAUUUAUUUUCACAACAAAAUCAACGACAACAUCUUCAAUCGAUCAAUGUAUUUCCAAUGGAACGUAUGACAAGUUUGUGUUCGAUUCAAACAACAACGAAAACAUUCGAAUCAGAUUCACAAUAUCGAUUUAUUGUUGGUGGUGUUGGACGACUGAAAGCAUUUCGUUUGUCGAUGCAAAAUCUUGAUGAAUGUGAAGAAGAAUGGAUGAUUAAAUUACCAAGCGAUUCAACAAUGAUUAAUUCGUUAACUAUGGCUGGUGAAAAUAAAAUUGUAGCCGGUUGUGGUGAUUCAAACAUCUAUAUGUUUGAUCGUGAAACACAACAACAAACGGCUAAAUUUUCCGGACAUCAUGAUUAUAUUCAUAGCUUAAAAUGUUUGAAUAAUAAUUUAUCCAGUCCAUUGCUAUAUUCAUGUGGAGAAGAUGGGAAAAUUUUAAGCUGGGAUUAUCGAUCACCUGGUAAACCGAUUUUAUCGCUUGAACCAUUCCAUAAUCCAGAAUUACGACGUAUUCAAUACGGUAAAUGGAUUGGAUCUAUUGAUGUGACCGACAAUAAUGAAUGGAUUGUUUGUGGUGGUGGACCAAAACUUUCAUUAUGGCAUCUACGUUCGGGCAAAUGUGCUCAAAUUCUUGACACACCAGGUGUAAUUUAUUCAAAUCGAUUUAUUGCCGAUAAUUCUAAAAUAAUGGCUGCAGGAACAGCUAAUCAAGUAAUUAUUUGGCAUUUAAAUGAUCCUACAAAUCCAAAUUAUAUUGAUUCAUCAAUCAAUACAAUCUAUUCGAUUGAUUAUCAUCAUUAUGAUAAAUUUAAUUAUGAUCUCUAUACAUUUGCUGGUGAUAGUCAUCAGAUUGAAGUGUGUAAAAAUGCUAAAUUUAUUGAUUGGAAACUUUAUGUUUCUUAACAUAUUGACUUUGUC